AUGUCGUCGCUCCUCACGACUACAAGUUGGGCCGCCUUCGUCUGGCUUGGCGUUGGAUUUCUUAUCCUCUCCUACAACCUCAGUGCUCUCUACACCUGGAACCGCCUACGAGCCAUUCCAGCGGCCUCAUGGACCGCUCACUUCUCCUACCUGUGGUUGGCUAGAAACACCUACUCGGGACGACAAUACUGGAUACAUCGGGAUUUGCACAAACGACAUGGACCUCUGGUCCGCGUGGGGCCCAAUCAACUCGUGACAAACGAGCCUGACGUCGUGAAGAUGAUCUCCGGCACCAACAGCAGCUGGGUGCGCGACUCUUCCUACAUCACGGGUAGGCUCAACCCGUACUACGACAAUUUGUUUAGCCUGCUGGACCCCAAGGAGCACAAUCUAGCCAAGUCUCGCACCAUUGCCGCAUACAGCGGCCGCGAGACGCCUGAUCUUGAGAUUGGCGUGGACAGCCAGGUCAAGACCCUGAUCGACACAAUCAGGACUAGAUGUGCCACUCCUUCGGCGGACUCGCCGGUGCCCCCUCUACUUGACCUGGGCACAACGAGCUGCUACUUCACCAUGGACGUCAUUACGAGGCUUGCGUUUGGCAGCGCCUUCGGAUACCUGCGUGACAACAAGGACCAUCAUAAUUUCUUGGGCAGCAUUCGUGAGCUGUGGCCUCGCAUGUCGGCGUGUGCGGAUGUUCCCUGGAUCAGGAAUUUCUUGUUCUCUCGGCCGUUUCUAAAGCUGAUGGGUCCGAAGCCGACGGAUAAAAGUGGCUUCGGAGCUCUGAUGGGUGUCGCGAGCCAUUACGUGGGAGAACGAUUCGCAUCAACUGCCAAACCACGGCAGGAUAUGCUCGGCUCAAUGAUGAAGCACGGGCUGAAUCAGACUGAAUGCGAGACCGAAGGGCUCUUCAUGAUUUUUGCGGGGACCGAGAGUACAGCCUCAGCAAUCCGCUCAGCUCUUGUCCAUACAAUGACAAGCCCAGUCGCCUACCAGACACUCAAGGAAGAAAUCCACACAGCUGUACGCGAGGGCAAAGUCUCCAGCCCAAUUACCCUGCAGGAGGCUAAAAAGCUUCCCUAUCUCCAGGCAAGUGCUGCUGUUGUCUACGAAGGCAUUCGGAUGCGCCCACCUCUCAUUGGCCUUCUCCCCAAGGUGGUGCCUCCAGGAGGCGAAAACAUCUUGGGAUAUCAGAUUCCCGCCGGCACCGCGAUCGGUACCAACGCGUCUUCGAUUCUGGCCUCCACUGACCUCUUCGGCCCGGACGCCAACAUAUUCCGUCCUGAGCGCUUCACCGAGCUCGACGACCAGCACCGCAAGCAGAUGGAGCGCAAUGUCGAGCUCGCCUUUGGCCAUGGCCAGUGGAUGUGCGUAGGGAAGACGAUAGCGCUUCUGGAGAUCAACAAAAGUGUUUUCGAGCUUUUCCGCGCUUUCGACUUGCAGUUGCUGGAACCAUACGCCCCGAGCAACAUUCUGAGCUAUGGGGUGUUCCUUGAGUCCAACUUGAAAGUGAAGGUUUCGAGAAGUACGACUGCUGUAGCUGCUUCUUCACCUGAUUCUGUCCAUAUCUGA